AUGUCCAGCAAGAGCAACGAUCACUGCGUUCUGAGGAAAUGGAACAGUUGCGCUCACGAAUUGGCCGUGCCCUCAGAGGUCCCUGAACAUGCGAUUACGAAAUUGCACAUCUACGAUUUCGACAAUACGCUGUUUGCUACGGCGGGCCCUACAGAGCAGUUAUAUACACGCGAGCUGUUGGGAAAGCUGACGUCAAGUGAUUUGCCGAAUGGCGGCUGGUGGAAUGAGCCGGAGUUUCUGCAGGCUGCUAUUGAGAUCUCGAGGAGUAAACCCAGACGGUUUUCAUGGAAUGAAGAGAUCGUCAAAUUGGCGGAGGGUUCGUAUCGGGCUAAGGACACCCUCUCUAUUGUUUUAACAGGAAGGGAAGAGAAGAAAUUCCACGAGUUGAUACAGCGUGCUCUGGAAACGGCAAGAAGCCUUAAGGAAUGUUCACCGGCUGAAUUUAGGUUCAAUGCGGUUUGCUUAAAGAAAACCGGAGUUUCGAAAUAUACCAGUGAAUAUAAGAAGGAGCUGAUGCAUGACUUUCUGGAAUACUACCCUUCGCUGAGGGAACUGACCAUAUAUGACGAUAGAGUGCACCAAAUAGAUGCGUUCAAGUCGUUUUUCAAUUCUUUGGACUUGCCUCGUUUGCAAUGGUUUGCCAUCCCCGUGCCGCCUUUUACCAAACCGCUGCCCAAGGAACAAGAGCUUGAAAUAGUGAUGGAAAUGGUCAGAAAAAAUAACAACCGAGUGUUUGAGUCUUCGCAAAAGUUUGACUUGGCAUGGACGCCGAAACAGACUGGUUUCAUCCUUACCGUGGCAUCGCAUCGGUUGCUAUCGAUAGAGGUUAUGAAACUUUUCAGAAAAAGGAGAGGAAGAAACCACAAGAAUUUUGGCGGAAGAGCGUUCAAGCCAAAACUAUACGAAUAUCCCAUGUAUAUACCCUGUGCGGAACCUGGCAAUAGCAUCCCUGUGCUCGAAACCGUUAAGAUAUGGUCUAACAAUGACAUCUCCACUUUUGAUUCCGAGGAGAAAGUGCAAAGCACUUUAAAACAGUUCCGUCAGCAACAGCCUGGAAAAUGCAUGGUUCGUUUCCAAGUCACCGACAUCGCCAUAAUACCGUCAAGUCAUUACAACAAGAGAAAGCCCUUGGAGGUCUAUUUCAGGGCCACACCGGAGCCAAAUAGAUACACUUUCUCGUUGUUCCCGGAAUUCACAGUCACGGGUCAUUUUUACAACAAUAACGUGAUUGAAGAUUUAGACGAGGUCACAGAUCGUCUGCUGAACAGCAAAACGGCUAUCCGCUGGACUCCUUUAGAUAAGGCCGUUCCUAUAAAGACCUUUUUUGGGCAAUAUGCCAAGUUGGCAUCUGUGCCAUAUCCCAACGAUUGA